AUGUCUGCUAAUUCCGGAAAUGGCGGCGUCAGGAACCUUCGGGCUAUGUUCGAGAACAAAGCUGGUGAUCAAUCUACAUCUCCACCAAGCCGAGGCCGAUCCCCCAAUCCCUCGGAAUUCUCCAACGGGAGCAGACCUGUCAGCAAAGUUCGAGCAAGCUUCGUCGCAGUCGAGAGACCAGGCGAGAACGGCGGUCCCCCUAUCCUUGGUCUUAGAAGGGCCAGUGAAGUUAGCAGCCUAGGUGGCAUUCAAGAGAACGCAAUAGCGGACGGUGGCCACCUUGAGAGAUCGUAUACCGCCAGGACAGAUCCAGACAUGAAGGAAGAUACUCGCCCGCAACUCGCCAGAGCCCCCUCCUCUACCAAUGGUACCGUCGAAGGUGGAUUGGGCAAGAUAUUGAAAGGCUCUUCUUUCGCCGACCCGUCAACGCCGUCAAAGGCCCCCAAAGCCACUUCAGCAACCCCAAAUGCAAAAAAUCUCGGCGAAGCUCUAUCGUCUGGAAAGUUGCAGAGUCAGGCCCCGAAAGCAGCUACUUCGAAAGCAACCGACAGCACCAAGGCUGCCACUAUGGUCAAGAACAUGAAAUCAGACGGCAAAAGCGGUCCUCCUCCAGCAACUACCCUACAGACCACCAAAAGUGCACAGCCCGUCAAGCCUCCUCCAACGAGACUGGCUGUAAAGUCAGCUCCCAAAUCUCCCGUCAUCUCGAAGCCUUCUCCAAAGACCCCAACAUCGCCUGUCGCAAGCAUUAAAGGAGGACCUGCAAAAAUCAAAGGCGUUAUGGAUUCGGCGAAACAAUCUCAACAAGCUAGAGCCGAAAAACAAUCUGCUACAAAGCAAGAAAGAGCCCCGCCUGCGCCCAAGUUGGAUACACAGGCAAAGGUCAAGCCAGCAAGUGAUGCCGUGAGGAAGGAAAAGACUCCGGCAUCGCCCAAGGUGUCCAGAUCACCCAAAGUCACAAGAACCAAAUCGCCCACUAGACCUGUGAGACUUCCUGCUGGUGCAACAGCCAAUACUACUGCUUCAGCUGCGAAAGAUACACAUCAUUCGCCUACGGACCCCGACUUCCGCAAAUCGAUCACGAAAAAGGCAUCUUCAUUGUCGAUUCGACAGCCUCGCCCAAGCGUUUCUUCCACCACCUCCACUCUGGCAAAGAAACCUUCGCGUGCAUCAUUGGCAAAUGGGCAUGACAAGCACGAGCGACCCAAAUCUCGAGUCAGCGUACAAGCGAGCAAGCCCGAUGAAGGGUUCUUAGCAAGAAUGAUGCGACCAACGACAAGUAGUGCUCAGAAGACCCACGAUAAAGUCCAAGUCAACAGCCCUCCGCGUCCAAGAACAUCAACUUCCCAUAGACCUAAGGAUGUGACAACAAAGAAAGCACCUCCUCCGAAGAUGCCUCUUGUAAAGCAACAGAUACCCACAAAUGAGGAUGAGACCGAGAUACAUGAAGCGGGCCAUGAUCCAAGUGUGCUUCCGGAAGAAGAAUCAAUACUGCCUGGUCAAGAUGAAUCCAAGGAGGCCAAGCAGGAUGCACCAAUCGCACCCGAGAAGCAGGAUGAAGUACCACUACCGGCUGUGGAAAAUACGUCUUCUUCCAAUCUAGAGCAUCAGCUUCCCGCCGAAGCAGUCGCCGAGGACGCAACCAUUGAGGUGAACAAGGAAGAACAAUUUGAACAAGAUAUGGAGGAAGAAGGGCAAUUGACAGAAGCCAAGGAGGACGCAGCUAUUCACGAGCAAAACCAGACUGUCACCACAUCAGAUAUAGUUGAACCAGAAUCACCUGUGGAAGAAGUCAAGGGAGGACAGGAACCGGUUCAGGAAAAUGCUGUGACAGUGUAG